CACUGUGAAUUUACUUGUAUAAUUGUUUUACACAUGAAUGGCUACACUUGUGCUAAGUCACCAAUGAACCAAUUACGAGUACUGUCUGUCUCGCCCGUUUACCCUUUCCUUAGAUUUACAAAAAUAUUUUCCGUUAUCUUAUUUUGCUGUUACUAAUGUUUAUAACAUUAUAAUAACCAUAAUGUGUAUAAUAAAAAUAACACCAUCGAUAUUCAUAGCACUAGUAAAAAUUACAUUUUUCAGCCAAUUCAAGGAAAGGUGAAAUCAGGUAAGGCUAAGCACUAGUAGAGCCAUCUAUGUGCAGAGACAUUUCACAAAAAAUAUAAAAAAUGAGCACAGCAUUUUCUCCAUUUUUUAUUCAUUUUCUCCAGCGGCAUUGGGUUAAAGGUGUCUAAAUAUAUAUGCCAUCUGUUUAUGGCUUCAAGAUAAAUUUCUUCUGUAUUGCACACCCUUUUGCAUAAUUAAUCAAUUUUCAAUCAUUUUCUUUACAGACAUCUGUCACCAGGUACUGGACCUGUACUCGCCCAACCGCUCAGAGGCAGGUGGUGCAAGCAGUGAGCCAUCCAUCACCAUGCCCUCUGCUGCCCCAAGACGCCCAGUAACGCCCACACAAAGCAGCAGCACUGCGCCCCCGCCUGCCAAAAAGGCUAAGAAGGAGGAGGUGAAGUCAUCGCCAGUGAAAACAGAGAGCACGCCACAGCCCCAGCCAUACCAGUACCCCUAUGCGUACCAAAACUACCCUCAGGCACCCUAUUCUUCACAGACCUCCACACAGGGAACGCCUACAACACCCACACCACGCUACCCAUACCCAUACCCACCCUCCACCACACAGGGUCCUCCUCCACAGGCUCCGCCUCCACAGGCACCCCCUCCAACAUACCCCAACCAGCAGAGGCACUACCCGCCGCCUGCAGUCACGACGCCCCAGGCACCACCCCCACACUAUGCGACACAGCCCCCACCCACACACUAUUCAUCAGCCAGCCACCCACCCUCAACAUACCACCAAGCAGGUGCUGCGGGACACUACCCUGCCCCUCCUACCAACCAGCCUCCCCCCUCUCACUAUGCGCCGCCUCCCCAUGGCUCGACAUCCUCGUCCUAUUAUCCCCCGCCCCCAUCGACCAACAAUCCUCCCCCGAACUAUCCCCCAGCGGGCCCUUCCUCCAACUAUCCUCCCCCCAGCUCCUACCCCCAUUCCAGCUCAAGACCUUACUACCCGCCUUCUUCAUAAUCGUUAGCAUGUAAAUAGAAGAGAGACUCUAUUCAUAAAGCAGUUCUUUGAACGCCCAAGUACAACUACUCUAAUUGCAAAAUUGUAUUCAAUUUGCAAUUACCACAUUUUUUUUAAAGGCUUCUAGACUUUCUCAGUUUUGAGCAAAUGCAUGUGGAUUAUAAUUGCUUCAUUUUGGAGGGAUUUAUUUUUCCAUCAAAAAAACAAAAACAAAAACAAAAAAAACAAAAAAAACUAUAGCCUUGUAAAACAUCUGACAGUGAAUUAUAGUAUGGUUUAACUUUGCUUAAUCGAAAGGGAGGGGUUGCCCUUGAGACUUAGAUAAUUUGGUAUUGAGGGAGAAUUCAAAAACAUUAUAUUGCAGUGAUUUUCUUGUCCUAUUACCAUUACAUUGUUCAUGACCGUGAUAGGUUUUGUUACUGAGAGUGCAGGUCAUGCUUCUUACAUUCUUACCCUUUGUACAUUUUGUUAAACUGAGAUCAUAAUUGAUAUGGAGAGUGAAUGACUGUGGCCCAGAAAUUGUAUGUGAAACCAAAAUAUCAGUGUAAAUGACUUUUUCAUGUACAGAAUAUGAACUAUUAGAAAUAUCUAUAUUUGUGUAUUUUUAUGUAAAAAUACAAUAAAUACUGAAUAUAA